GGAGCCCCGGGCGCGGCGCUGGGCCCGCCCCGUCCCUCAAACGCAAGCGGGGCGGUGGCCCCGGUUAAAGGGGAACCUUGACAGCGCCGCCGCCCGCUCCGCUCCGCGCCCGCUGCCCAGCGCUGCUCGGCUCCGCCGCGACUUCUGUCCCCCGACACCGCCAAGAUGCUGCUUUUACUGCUGGGGAUCAUCGUGCUCCACGUCACCGUGCUGGUGCUCCUCUUCGUCUCCACCAUCGUUAGUCAAUGGCUGGUGAAUGGCGGGCACACAGCGGACCUCUGGCAGAACUGCACCUCUGGUACCAUCUUCCACUGCCUGACCUCAUCCACGAACGAAUGGCUGCAGUCUGUCCAAGCGAUGAUGAUCCUCUCCAUCAUCUUCAGCGUCUUGUCCCUGUUCCUGUUCUUUUGCCAGCUCUUCACCCUCACCAAAGGCGGGCGGUUUUACGUUACUGGAAUCUUCCAAAUCCUUGCUGGGCUCUGCGUGAUGAGCGGCGCUGCCAUCUUCACAGUGAGGCACACGGACUGGCACCAAGCCUCGGAAAACACCUCCUACGGCUUUGCCUAUAUCCUGGCGUGGCUGGCCUUCCCCUUGGCUCUGGCCAGCGGCAUCAUCUACGUCAUCCUACGGAAGCGGGAGUGAUGCUGCGGGAGGAGGCCUGGCGUGACAAGGGGCACUCAUGAUGUCCACGGAGGAGACGGAGGCGGGGGAAAAGAGACGAGAAAACGGAAAAGCAAAUUAACCAACCAAGAAAAGGAAUAAACCCUCCCACCACAACCAAACCCAACCGGCCCCCCAAGGAAACACUCAAAGGGUUACUUGUUAAUUGAAGAUGUAUAUAGUAUCUAUGGUUUAAAAAACCUAUUUAUAACACUUUUUACAUAUAUGUACAUAGUAUUGUUUGCUUUUGUUGACCCUACGCUAUGUUUUAAAGCCUAAAGCAAGUGCCUAAGGAACUAUUACUCCUAACAGUGUAACAAGAGCGCAGUGAUUUUUUUUCUCUCUCAUGCAAAAUCCUCUUUGACCUGAGCUCUCCUUUCCCCAUCCCAGCCCCUAUUGAACCAUCAGAAAACCCCAGCUCUGAGUGGUUUAUAGGCCGGCAUAAAUCGGAGCUACGCCUGUUUACGCCAGCCAAGGGGUCGGUCCCCACUCCUGCCACAUGCUGUGAUCCUGGUAACCAAGUGCACGUCCAGAUCUGACGGGAGAUGCUUCCGAAAGGUUUGAAGGAUUUCAGAGCAAAGGCUUUGAUUUGCCCCAAGUGCCUAAAUGACUUAUGUGCCUAAAUCCCGUUGCCUUUCCUCCACACCCGCUGGGAAUUUGGGCUUUUAAAUCACUUAGGUUGAAUUGCAUACCAGCACGGGCUGUCCUCCUUCGCCCGGGCCAGCUUUAGGGGUGUCCCCUGUGCCAGUGGGGCUGGGGUGUGUGCCGAGCCAAGCACUGGGGCAGUGAUGCUCCCGACCAUGAAACGUGCUUUAUCCUUGCCGUGGAGCUAAGCUACCGAUGAGAAAGAGGCAAACCCAGUAGUAUAUCUAUGAAAUCAAAUACCAGAUAUAUGACAUGGUGCUAUCUAUUUACCAUUCCUUAUACUGCUAGCCAUUUAACCUUAUUCACUGGAAAUUCAGUUAACAAUCUUGAGGUAAACAAGAAAGCUAGAAAUGAGAAAUAAUUCUGUGUAAUAUAAAUGAGCUAUAACUGCUUUUGUACUUAGACUGGCUUUUACUAUUAUUUUUAAUAAAGCAUUUAUAACCAAGGUUCCUUCUUUCCCUGCCCCGUGGUCAAGAGGAGCAGAAACAGCUCUGGUUGGAGCCCUGUGCUGGUCUUUGCUGCCGGAGCGAGAUGUCUGUCCUCUGUCUGUGUGUCAGCGAUGUGUCUGGCCAUGAAUUGAACAGGCACCUGCACAGACCCCAGGCUGCCUCCUGAGGACUCCAGACACCGUGUUGCUGUUGUGUUUUGUUUAAUUUUGUUUUUUUUUGGUUUUUUUUUGGGGUGGUUUGUUGUUUCGUUUUUGUUUUCUCUGCUUUGCUUUUCUGAUUUUAUACCGACUGUGUGGACUAAGAAGCAAUGAAAUAAAAGAAUAACUCAGUUG